CAGGCUCCUCGCGCGCUCGCCUUCGUGCGAGAAGCGCAAGAUGACGUCAGGUUGUCGGUGGUGACGGAGACGCGUGCGGACAGCGCGUGCUCCAGAUCCUCGGUCACUCGCGUUGACUGCGGCGGCGGCGGAGCCUCUAUCAUCAUGACUGGCGUCCUGUGGAUUAUUCUCGCUGGGUGUUGAAGCGGGAACGAGAGGCACCAUGGCUGAGAGAUGUGGAAUAUGGGGGUCAUGGAAUUGCAGAGGCUGCGGUUGCUAGGAGACUGUUGCCGGGAAGCCUUUGUCUGGAUUGCUCUGAUGUCUAUAGAAGCGGCCUUAACAGUUGGAAUGGGUGGAAAUCAUCGAGCCGCGCACCCGGGAGCGCAUGUAUGCCAACCUGCUGACGGGCGAGUGUGUUUGGGACGCCCCGGCGGGCGUACAGAUCAAGCGCAGUGGACAGGAUCAGUGGUGGGAGCUUUUCGACUCCAAAACGUCCCGAUUCUACUACUAUAAUGCUUCGACCCAGCACACCGUCUGGCACCGCCCACACAGCUGCGACAUCAUCCCCCUCGCCAAAUUACAGACCCUCAAGCAGAACACCAACACAGCUCCGCCCACCACCACCUCCGCCGACAACAGCCCCGCCCACAGCGCCAUCAGCACCACAUCAUCACAGGAGCAGGAGGAGAAGACAUCCACCGCCGAGGAGGGAGACAGGUUCAGAUGGGGCACUGGCACCAGAGAGAGGAUGCUCAUCAAGGUUUCGGAUCGGGAACCCAGUUUUCUGACACAGGGAAACGGAUACUCCAGUUCUUCCCCACGCUCCAGACGCUCAUCUAACAAUGCCCCUUCUGACCCUGAAGCCACGCCCCUUUCCCUUCCUGACCGCCCCGCAUCGCAGUCUCCGUUCCUGAAGAAGGCGGAGUUAGGCGGCACUCAGCGCCACUGUUCGGGUGAUUCCCAACCAUCAUCCCCCCGCUUCACUUACGAGCCUCCUUUGUACGAAGAACCGCCCUCGGAAUACCAGUCUCCGCCUAUUUAUGAGGAACCGCCCACUGACAUGCACUGCGACCAGGCCUUUUUUGGCUCUGACAGGUCUCCGGCACGUCUUUACCACUCCCCCAAGCAAAGCCCAUCUCCUUACGGUCAACUUGUGUUGACGAGACAGCGUAGCUCCACCCCCGAAACGAUGCCCAAUCAGGGGGGCGACCGAGACUAUAGCUCAAGUGGGCGGGACUACAGCUCCAGUGGGCGGGAUUAUAGCUCGGGAAUGAGGGACUACAGCUCUGGUGGGCGGGAUUACAAUUCUAGUGGGCGGGAGUAUAGCGCAGCUGGGCGGGAAUAUGUAAAGCAGCUAGUAUAUGUCGAGCAGUCUGGCUCCUCCCCUCGAUUUAGGACGACAGAGCGUCUGCUGAGCUACGGGACGACCAGUUCAAAUAGCCUUUCAGCCGGAUUUUCUUACGGUGGCUCCUUUACGUUACAGCACAGUCACGACCUCAACGGUGGCAACCGGAAACGCAAGAACCGGAAGCCGUCUUUGCCGGGAGGAGAGGGUGAUGGCAUGGGGUCUGGACUCGGGGCCAUGAUCACUCAAGCCCGGUUGGCAUGGGAGGCUCAGCAGAUGUUACAUCAGCGAGGGGGCGUGUCUUCCGACCAGGGAGCGAAAGAUGGGUAUGAAAGCGACGGGGCAAUGCCCCUUCCAUUGCCUGGUCCAGUGGUGCGGGCGUUCAGCGAAGACGAAGCCCUUGCGCAACAGGACAGCCACUGGAAACGUGCCACCCUGGACAGACUGGCAUUUCCUCAGACGCUGCUAGAAAAGAGUCUGUCAGUGCAAACCAACCUGGCAUCACCUGAACCUUACCUUCAUCCCUCGCAGUCGGAGGAUCUCGGAGCGUGUUCUCAGUUCGAGGCCAGUCGUAACGCUCGUAACAUGAUGCCCAGCGCGAGCUGCGGCGUUUUCCCAGAGUUCACGCUCCGCAAACCGUCCUCCGAGACGGACAUCGAGAACUGGGCAUCCAAACACUUCAACAAGCACACGCAGGGUCUGUUCAGGAGGAAAGUGUCGAUCGCUAACAUGCUAGCGUGGAGCAGCGAGCCCAUCAAGAAGCCCAUGAUCAUGACCACAGACCGGAUGGUGAAGCGUGAGGCCGUGGAGCUCUUCAAACUCGUCCAGACCUACAUGGGCGACCGUCGGGGCAAAGGCGAGCCUCUGUCCGUGGCUCUGGAGGUGGCAGUGAGGGGCUGGAGCUGUCAGGGUCUGAGAGACGAGCUCUACAUCCAGCUCUGCAGACAGACCACAGAGAACUUCCGCUACGACAGUCUCCAGAGAGGAUGGGAGCUCAUGGCCAUCUGUCUGGCCUUCUUCCCCCCGACGCCUCGCUUCCACAACUAUCUGGAGGGCUACAUCUGCAGACACAUGGACCCUCUCAACGACACCAAGGGAGUAGCGAUUAGCAGCUAUGCUAAAUACUGUUACCGAAAACUACAGAAAGCUGCGCUCACUGGAGCCAAGAAGGGUUUG